GCUCAGCACGUGGCUCAACGCAUCACCCGUUUCCCUCGGCGCCAUGUCUGGAAGCUCCGGGGCGCUGAGCCCCAAGGUCAAGGUUGGCAGCUUGCAUGGCAAGGUGGCCAUCAUCAGCGGUUCGACACGAGGCAUUGGCAAGGCCUGCGCUGUGGCUUUGGCCAAGCAGGGCUGCAAUGUGGUCGUGGCCGCGAAGACCACAACGCCGCAGCCAACGUUGCCAGGCACAAUCUACUCCGUGGCAGAGGAGCUGGAACAGCUGGGGGUCAAGGCCCUACCGGUGAAGGUGGACAUGCGCAGCCUGGACGACAUCCAGGAGUGCGUGCGCCAGACGGUGGAUAAGUUUGGGCGCAUCGACAUUCUUGUGAACAACGCCAGCGCGUUGUGGUGGCAGAGGAUAGAAGACACGCCCAUGAACAAGUACGACCUGAUCACCCAGAUCAACUCGAGAGGCAGCUUCGCCCUGACCCACCUCUGUUUGCCUGUCAUGGCAAAGAACAAGUUCGGCCGGGUCAUCAACAUGAGCCCGCCUCUUCAGACCGACUUCCGCGCGCUGAGCUCUUGGGUGCUAGUGUACAAAGGUUUUACCGCCUACAACAUCUCCAAGUUUGGCAUGACCAUGUCUGCCCUUGGGGCUGCCGCAGAGUACGAAGGGCAAGGCAUCACCGGCAACAGCUUGUGGCCGGCAACCGUGAUUGAAAGCCAGGCCUCCAAGAACUUUGAGCUGGGAGGCCGAGAGAUGUGGCGCAAGGCUCAAAUCCUCUCAGACUGCGUCCUGGGCAUCGUUUGUGGUCCAGACAGCUUCACUGGGCACCAGCUGAUAGACGAUGAGUACCUCCAGCAGGAGCACAAUCUUUCUGCAGAGGACCUGGCAGUCUACAGAUGUGUUCCAGAUGUGGAGCCCCCACGCGCUCUUGCAAGCCACGGCCAUAUGGGAGCAACUGGUGAUGCCACCGUGCGAAGAGGGGACGUCCGCAAGUUGAAUACCGACGUGAAGGGCUCCUCCGCCCUGUCCAAGUUGUGAAACAGAGCUCAAAACCGGGCUUCCCCUCAAUCCUCGCUCUUUAGGCGAGACUUGGCCCAGUGACCUGUUGCUCCCUGGGUCCUUAAGUCGAAAGUUGCUGGCUCGGUGAUUGACUGGACCGGC